AGUAACUAGUAACUUAUAUGUUAAUGCAAGACAAUAUAAAUGAAAGUAAACUAAAAAUUUGGUGUGCACACCAAAUGGGAAUUGAAGAACCAAUACUCUAAAAACGAUACAUUUAUUGCAGUGUUUUGCCUAUUCAAUAAACUAAAGCAAAACAGCAACAAUAAAAGUGGAUCUGUAUAUAUAACAAACCCUACUUAGGGGUGAAUGUUUCGAAAUUGACAUUGACUUUCUACUCAAGACUUGUAAUUAAUCAGGAUGUCAAGCAACAACUUUACGUUAAGUCGAUUAAUUUUGGUUUAAGCAAGUAAUACGACAUUGAAAUAUAUGAAUACAAUCUUUAAAGAACUUAGUUUGUAAGUGGAGGAAAGUAAAUCGGUUAUUAAAAUAUUGAAGGCUUUAACAAACGCAAUUAGAUAGCAAUCAAACUUAGAGUGGAAACAAAUAAUUAUAUAUGUAAACUUAAUUUAUGACAAAUUAUAUGAUCGUGUAUUUAUAAUACGGUAUUUAGAUUAAUACAUAAUCGCAGGGCCGGUAUACGAAUAUAUCUGCACAGUAAAGCCUCUUAAAUAUAAGAAACAAUUUUAACAAUGAAUGCACGUUCACAGAUAUUUGAUCUUACCAUGGAAGGUCGACAGGUGGAUGAAGCAGUGGCAAGCAUUUUUCAUACAGUACUUUUUCAUCGCUGUUCGGGUAAAUAUAUGUAUACAGGAGACUCGCAAUACUCUAUAGGUACCGUGGGUUAUUCCGAUGUAGAUUGUGACUUUAUUGACUUCACCUAUGUUUGUUGUACUUCGGAUAGCCUUGCGCGCAAAGUGAAAAGAGCAAUCAAUAUGUUUAGUGAAAAGUUGCGCUCAAGUGACAGUUGUGGCUCCGGUCAGAUAAGCUUAGAAUUUUUUCAGAAAAAAAAAAAUCGCUGGCUUUUUACACAGGAGUCUAUUCCCUGGGAAGUGUGGACAGUACAUCUGGAUUUAAUUAAACAUGAGAACGAGGAUGAUCGUCAGCUUUCCCGCGAAAAUGUAUCAGACUUACUCACAGAGAAGGUUAUAUACAUUACAGAACUAAUGAACCGUCAUGAUUAUGUACCAAAGACUCCAAGUCAAAAUGAGCUAGAUUUAAUUUUUGAUACAUCGUUUCCGGAUAUACAGCCUUAUUUGUUUAAAUUCGAUUUUUCGACCUCUGGAUCGACAGCCCCUUCAAUGGGAAAUGCAAUGAAAAAGAUAAUUAAAGAAACACUUGCGAUGUGACUGUCGCAAACCGUUAGUAAUAAUAUGCAACAUUAAUGUAUUUUUUCCUGCUCAACUGAAAUUUGAGACUUUAAACUGCACUGUAAGCCAAUGCUGAAAACUGUAGAUUAUUUCAAAACCACAAGUUAUAAUCAAUAACUUUGAAUUUAGCAUUGAGGCAAAUAUGGCAAAAUGAAUUAAUC